GCAACUACCUGAUAUUUUACCUGCUUCAGUUCAGAGCCAGGAUCUCAUUAGCUUUCCAACACAAUCUAUGAGCGCCAUUGCUUGUGUUGAGUAAACUCCUGCAGUCAGUGUUUAUCUGCAUUUCCUUCCACUCCAACAGGGACAGGGAAACAUGGCUGUGGCCAACUUCCAGUACAUUACCAGGAUGAGCAGUGGCUUCAAGGUCUACAUACUAGAAGGCCAGCCUGGUCUCCGAACCGAAGACCGGUACAGACACAUAGGGAAUGAACGGACACGAGCCCCAGCCCCAUAUCCGAUGAAACGCAAGUGCUCCCACGACAAAGGUCUAACCCUGGAAGAAAGGCGAGAGCGGGCCAUAAGCAAAACCCUUGGCAAAAUAAGCCAGAGAGCAGCACCAGCGUCCGCGGUGAUCCAACAGAGUCCCACAUCUCCAAGAAGUCCGAUACCCAGCCCACUGCCCACUCAUGUCUACUACACACCAGUCAUGGAUGAACCACUGGCCCUCAUCAAGAAACCAAGAAAAGAAGUUGAAAACACAGAAGAAAAGACAAAGAGUUCAUCUCCCAGUCAAACCCAGAUGCGUCCCUCUGUCAUCACUUGUGUGUCCUCAUCCAGAAAACCGUCCUGCACAUCUGUGGUCCACAGGAGCCGCUCACCAGUGGAUUCCAGUCGCAACUAUGACCAUGUGCUGGAGGAGCAUUUCCAGAGGAGCCUGGGAAAGAACUACCAAAAAUCGAGCUCUCAGCAGCUCUCCAUCAGCGUGUCUGUUGAUGACCACUUCGCCAAGGCUUUGGGAGACAAGUGGCUGCAGAUAAAAUCCAAAUCUUCCUCCUGUUCCUCCACGCCUCCAAGCAGUCCAAGUGUCACCCACUCCCCCAACUCCAGCAACAGCCCCACUUUGUGCCACAAAGAAGCCAUCAGCAGCUCGACUUCCAGCCACUGGUCUGCGAACUAAAGCAGAAGUGACCCCUGAUCCAGAAGGAAAACUGGACUUUGGGAUGUUUUUGUGCUUCACAUCAAGCAGCUCUGCUUGGCAAAGGGAAAGCCGACGCAAGAAGCUGACAGAUGCAGGAGUGUCAUCUCCGCUGACUUGUGUGCGUCCACACCUAUUCAGCGUCGAUGCAGACAAAUGUAGCAUUAAAGGGGAUAUCCUUGUUUUGUUACA